AUGGAUCAAGUUUCAAGCAGACGUAAAGCUUGCGAUUAUUGCGUCGCGAAAAAAGCCAAAUGCGAUGCGCGCAAACCAACCUGCUCCAAUUGUACGCUUUAUGCCGUGACUUGCAAGACAACCGUGACGAGUAGACGCAAAGCGAGGCCACGUGAAUCUGGAUCUCAACCUGAUCGAGUCGCUGUGUUGGAAGAGCGUUUGGCCACUAUUGAGUCUUUACUCACUGUACUCGCUGGUAACGCAGUCGCCCAACCUCAGCACGAUAUCAGUGUUUCCACAAACAAUGACGCCUUUUCCAAUUCAUUUGACAUUUGGGGCAUCUCACCUGGCCAGGCACCUCAUGAUACGUCAGGAUGUCUUUCCACGUCUACUCCAAUCUCUGACUCGCCUCUGGUGAGCGUUCCAACGUCAAGUCAGUUGGAGCUUGCACCUCUAUCAGAAGUUCUACCUCUAGUGGACAGUUACUUCCGGAACUAUAAUGCAAUUAUCCCGCUGUUUAAUGAGACGGCUUUCAUGCGCAUGCUUCUGGACUUCUUUGCCCAAACAACCAAAAGGUCUAUCAUAUCAUGGGCUGCGAUAAAUGUUGUACUGGCCAUCAAUUAUCGAGUCCUUGAAGGUCGAGGCUCGGACGAUGCAGCGCUAAAGACUUGCCUUCAAAAUAUCCGCUCUGUCAUGUCAGAGCUGAUGGUACAGGGGAAAGACUUGAUGGGGUUGCAGGUUCUUCUGGGCACUGUAAUACUGUUUCUUGGCUCUUCGGAGUUUCAACUCGCUAUAGUCUUGACCGGCAGCGUUGUGAGGCUUGCUCAAAGUCUCCACCUGAACUCAAAGGAGGCACUCAGAGGCUUGAAAAACGCUGAGAAAUCUCACAGAACACAACUGUUCUGGUUAUCAUAUAUAUAUGACAGAGAAAUCUCACAGCGAUCUCAAAGUUCAUACUCACAGCUUGAUACCGAUACAGAUAUGGAUCUCCCAGAUUCUGAUCCCGAGAACAACCUUGGUGUCAUGAUCUCUUCUACAGACAGCAUCCGUUUCAACUACCUCCGCGCAAAAGCCCAAUUCGCCUACAUCCAAGGCAAAACCUAUGAUCUUCUAUACAGUCGCAAAUCCACAACUCUUACAAAAGAGCAGAAGCACAACGCGAUACUUCGUAUAGAAGAAAUGCUGGUAGAAUGGGCCCAGGAAAUCCCCCUACAACUACAUACUGCCGAGGGUAUUCGUGAGAGGUUUUCUCCGGCAGCAACGGAUUUAAUGAUGAAUCUUUGGUUUCAUCAUGCCGAGUGUUGGAUCAAGAUUCGUUCUAUAUUCACGUUCGAGGAUGCAUGGAUCAAUAGAGUCAAACUGUAUUUAUCCCCGUCAGUCAUUGACAUGAGUGAUGAUGUCGAUGGGGAGGCGAGAAGAGGCGAUAUCCCACCUUUGCCUUCUGGAUGGGAUGAAUGCGUUGGAUAUGGUCGAGUUUGCUUGGAAUUGCUUUUGAAGAAGAGAACAACUGAGUACACACUCUGGCUGCACAACUGCGGCUCAUUCUCAUGUCUGGUUCUCCUCAUCGUCAAUCUAAUCGAACAUCCGAACCAAGCCUUCAUCACAAAUGACCGUCAGCUCCUCGAUAACGGCUUUGCCAUAUUCCAGCAGAUGAGCCGUCAUUUGCCAAAGGAGCCGUACGGUGCCAUGCUUACCAUGGCCCGUGAACUGAAUGGCAAGGCAAUGGAGCAAGUCAACCGCAAGAGACUAGUCGAAGAAGGGCCUUGUGAAAUUGAUGAUUUUAUGAUGAGCCCUUCCACCGCAUGGGAAAUCUUGGAUAACAUCGAGUUUCAAUAG